GAGCUGGGGUUAUUCUAUUUAUUAUUUGUAACAUUUUUACUUUUCAAGUCUACAAGUUUUGGGGCAUCAGCAAAGCUGGGAUAUUGGGAGGUUGGGGUUAUUGGAUAUGAAAUUUUGUCUGCUAGAAAUAAAACGUUAGAAGUCUAUAAGCUGGAAUAGCUGCAGGUUGGGUGGUUUCUUAGAUGAUGAUGGCGAUUGCCGCUGCUCCUGGGAGAAAUGUCGCCUCGCAAAGGGAUAUUGCUUUGCUGUAUGUAGUGAAGGAAGAAGGCUGCUGGUAUAACUUGCCUUUGUCAUAGCAUGACCCAGGUAAGCUGUCCAUCUUAGUUGCUGGAAGUGUAGGAUAUAAAAAAGGAUAAAAGCCCUUUCUGAGGCUGUAGGCUAGAAGUAUAUGAGCUAAAUGGGAAAUACUGGACUAGUACUGUAGUAGAUUUGUUUUCUGGUGUUGUGGGAGAAGACCGAGGAGGGUCAUGAGAAUCUUUCACGUUAGACAUGUCUCCCAGCCACAAGGUCUUUAUUUGUUGUUUUAGUGUCUGCUAGGACCUGUCCCUUUCAGCCAAGGAAAAGCACACCAUGUUACAGUUUAGGAAUGUAGCUACAGAGACACCGAGAAGAGAAUUAAGAGACUCCUUUUCUCCAGGGCAUUUCUAUCCGCAAACCUCUUGUAACUCCUGAGAUGGAUUGAGGGAAGGAGCAUAACAAAACAGGCUCUAAGGAAACAGAAAGAUGGAUACAGCUGAAAAACCUGCAAGCAAAAGGGGAGAAGAUGUAGUAUCAGGAAUAAAAUCUCAGAGAUGUUUAGCAACCCUAGUAGCAAAGCAUCGGCGAGUAGGUCGGGUAAUCUGCGGUGUUUGUGGAAAAAGCUUUGUCAAGACCUGUGAACUGUUUGCCCACCAGCGGACCCACACAGGGGAGAAGCCAUACAUGUGCUCAGAUUGUGGCUGUUGCUUCUCUGUCCAGUCCGCAUUGGCCAGUCACCAAAGUAUCCACACAGGAGAGAAGCCUUAUAAAUGUCAGGAGUGUGGCAAGAACUUCCGGCUGAAGAGCAACUUGACCCGCCAUCAGCGAGUUCAUGAUGGCAUAAGACCAUUCCGAUGUGAAUACUGCGGGACCACCUACAGCACCAAAGCUCACCUGGUCUGGCACCUGAACACACAUACAGGUGAGAAGCCAUACAAAUGUACUGAGUGCUGGAAGCGUUUUGGAGAGAUUUCCUUGCUGGUAGAGCAUCUUCUUUCACACCAGGGUGAUGGUAGUGGUGGAAAAAAUGGAACUGCCUCUGCAGGACAUUUAGGUAGUGGGAAUCUUCACCGCUGCGACGAUUGUGGCAAGAACUUCUGCCGGAGCACCACGUUAGCUGAACACCGUCGCAUUCACACGGGUGAGCGUCCUUUUGCCUGUGGGGAGUGUGGCGAGCGGUUCAUGCGAAGGGCUCUCUAUAACGAACAUGUCCGCACUCACUCUGAAGAGGGCCCACCCAACCUGUGUGUAGCCUGUGGUAAAUCUUUCACCAAGCGCUAUUCCCUUCUCCAGCAUCAGAGGUCACACACAGGAGAAAAGCCCUACCAGUGCCCUGAUUGUCCAAAAAGCUUCAUUGCCAGCUCUGCCUUGACACAGCACCGGCGGAUACACACUGGAGAGACACCCUACCCGUGUCCAGAUUGUGGGCGCAGUUUUAGCCAGAAAUCGGUGCUCACAACUCAUCGGAGACUUCACACAGGCGAGAGGCCAUACAAAUGCCAGGAGUGUGGGAAAGGCUUUAGUCAGAGUUCCGCGCUGACUCAACAUCUCCGGACUCACACUGGUGAGUCCCCGUACAGCUGCCGAGAGUGUGGGAAAAGCUUUAGUGGUAUGUCAGCUCUCAAGCGACACCACCUCACCCAUACAGGGGAACGCCCCUUUUGCUGUGAUGAAUGUGGCAAAGGGUUCAAGCAGAGCUCCACGCUGGUCCAGCACCAGAGGAUUCACACUCAUGAGAAGCCUUAUGCCUGUCUCCAGUGCAACAAAAACUACAGCCAACGGGCUGCUCUUGCCAAGCACCUGAGGACUCACACCAAGGGAGCCUUACUUUCUGGCACAUGCAGUGAGCCAAUAGACAUUAGGGUUUACAAAGAGCUUUUUGUCCAACCCCAAGAAGAGGAGGACAAUACAGAGAAUGACAUGGAAGAAGAAGCCAAUGAGGUGGUGGUACUCCCUCCAGGGACGUGGGAUGCUGAAGUAAAAGAAGAGUCAGAGCUUCAGUGGGGGAAUGACAUACCAUUUGCAGAAACGGGGUCGCUCUCAUGGAUGAAAAAGGAAGAGGAGUCAGAUGAGGCCCAGGAAGAAAGGAGAGAACUGUCAACAGUUUCUUUGCACAUCAAAAAGGAACCAGAUGACUGAAAGAAUUGUGGGCACGAUGUCAGGCUUUGUGGUUUUUUCAAACAAAUGUGCCUGGGCUGUCCCAGAAACUCCCACAUGUCACAAGGGGUUCUGUCUUGGAAGGAGAAAGAUAAGUCUUAACUUGGAGCACUGUAAUGAUAGACCUCUGAAAAGAGCACUAUUGGAACUGAAACCUGUCUUGAACCAUGUUUACCAACCCUCAAAUCCUGCAGUUUUAUCCCAUAAUUGUAUAAUUUGGUUAUGAAUACUCAGUGGUGAGGAAAAUGAAUUCAGUAUAUCCUGAACCUGGGUUCAUGCAGUGUCCCCUUGGCAGGGAGCAGAUUCAGAAGAGGUUCCAGAGCAGAGCCUUAACUCAAUGAAAUUAUUGGCUGAUCAUAUUCUGUGGGUCAGCUUUGGGAGUUUCGUGGUCUUGAAAACCCACUUUAAAAAGAAAAAAGUGUAGUGGUGCUCCAAAGUUGCACAUGCAAUUUGGAAGGUAUAAAACUGGAAUUGCAGACAGCACUGCUAGUGGCCAUGUAACUAAUUAAUAUGAGUGGUAGAUGGCAUGGAGGGGAAUAAGUAUUCCCAGGAGGUGAUUGUGCUAAAAUCUCUCUCUGCAUCCACAAUGCAUUAAAGGCAUGAUGACAACAGUGGUGCUGCAGUCAAUAUUUUUCAGU